AUGUCUCAGUCCGAAGUCGCCCUUCCUAAGCGGCCUCGCGCCUUCAGGCGCCUCAGUUCUGAGGAUGCUACGAAAGAAUCGUUGACCAUGCGGUCUCCCACUGUCGUGGUACCGCCAAAGCACCUUAUGGCUCCUAGCGAUGCUCACGAAGUCGCCGCUGCCAUGGAGUUGGCGAGACAUCAACUGGAGGACUUCUCUGAGCCUCUGUCCUCGCCCGAGACGCCACCAGAGACCAGCGUCACGGACAGGUACGCCUUCGCCUUCGAUAUCGACGGUGUGCUUAUUCGAGGUGGACGGCCAAUCCCUGAGGCUAUCGAAGCCAUGAAGGUGCUCAACGGCAAGAACUCAUACGGCGUCAAAAUCCCCUACAUCUUUGUGACGAAUGGAGGCGGCAAAACGGAGCAAGAGCGUUGCAUACAGCUUAGCAAGCAGUUGGAAAUCGAGGUUUCCCCAGGACAAUUCAUCUGCGGACACACGCCGAUGCGGGAGAUGGCGAACAAGUACCAUACAGUCCUGGUCGUUGGUGGUGAAGGCGAGAAGUGCAGACAAGUGGCCGAGGGCUAUGGUUUCAAAGAUGUUGUUACGCCAGGCGAUAUCAUCAAGGAUAACCCGGACACCACACCGUUCCGUAAGCUUACAGAUGAGGAGCACAAGAACUCGCGAGCAAGGGAUUUCUCCAAAACCGAGAUCGAGGCUAUCUUUGUCUUUGCAGACAGCAGAGACUGGGCAGGUGACCAGCAGAUCAUCCUCGAUCUACUGAUGUCGAAGAGAGGUCGUCUUGGUACGCGCUCUGAGACUUUCGAGGAUGGCCCGUCCGUGUUCUUCUCGCAUAACGACGUUGUCUGGUCCGCAUCACACGAUCUGACACGUCUCGGCAUGGGAGCCUUACGAUUAUCCUUGGAGGCCAUGUUCAAAGCAGUCACUGGCAAGGAUCUGAACACCACUGCAUUCGGCAAGCCACAAGUCGGCACUUUCCAGUUCGCCACUCGCUUGCUGCAACAGUGGCGGAGAGAUACACAUGGCAUCAACGCACCGCCGGACACCGUCUACUUCGUCGGCGACACUCCCGAGUCCGACAUCCGCGGCACGAACGAAUUCAACAAGGAGGCGGAGAACACGUGGUACUCGAUUCUGGUCCGGACUGGUGUCUUCCAAGAGGGCACGAAGCCGAAGUUCCAGCCCAAGGCCACUGUGGACAAUGUACUGGAAGCUGUCUUGCACGGUAUCCAGCGUGAGCACAAGAAGAUGUUCAAGGAGGAGCUCGAUCUUGCUCAAAUCAAGCUGGCCGGAACAGCCAUUGAAGAGGCCUCCAACGAAGCCACGCCAGUUACAUCGCCACCCGCGAAGGAGACUGGCAACCCACUGUCGUGA